AAAUGAGCCACCAAAACUCCCAUUACCAUACCCUCAAGUCAAGCCAAUAUCAUGUCAUCAUACAUUCCACAUACUGUUUCCACUGUGGUCAUGGAGGUUGCUGCAGAAUCACCCCAAGAAACAGAUCUGUUAAGCUGCAGUUUACAAGAAGCAGAGGAACAAAUGGAGCUGAUAAACAGAGAAUAUCCAGAGGUUCUUAUGAAACUAGAAAAGCAAAAGCUUGAAUUAGCCUCGAGAACAUGGUCCCUCUCCAAUCUGGAACGUCACAUUGAAUCAAUGAGAUGCACUGCUGCCUGCAGAAAGGAAAGACUGGACCCUCUCCAUCUUGCGAUGGACAAGCUGAGCUUCGCAAACAAUGCAUACCGAGACAAUGCCAUCAAGCAUUCAUUCUUAGAAGAGCAAGAAAUCGAUUACCGGAGAUUGAACUUCAAAAUGAAGCAUGGAAGGAAAAGCCUUCAGAUAGAGAGACGACUCCUGAGGGAAAUCAAAACAAAAGAGGGAAAGGACCGCAACACUACUAAUUCGUGGUCGCCACUUGAAGAUAUUGAGUCGAAAGUAAAUCAGAGGAGCACAGUACAUGCUGAUCAGAUCCAGUACAGAUAUGGCUACGGGCAAAGACGGGGCUGGAGAUCAAGAGCUUCGCCGGCAGCUGAAACAGCUGGAAAUGGAGAGGGAGAAAGUUGUUGCUAACUGUGUUGUGGGGGGAAAGAUAUGGAGUUCUUUGGGUUCGAGAAAAACCAUCAAAGAAUAUAUUGAGGCAGAGCAUAAGGAGGCAGAGGACUCAAAGGAAGAUCGUCGGAGGUUGCAGGUUGAGAUUAAGAGUGUUGGGGAAAGUUUGAAACGUCUGGAGGAAGGGCAUAGCUCAGUGCAGAGUCAGCUGAAUGAUCUGCGUACAAGAAAGCAACAAGUACGGGAGCAAAUUCUUGAUCUGAAGAAACAGCUCGCCAGGCGUCCGACCAAAAAGAAAAGGAAAGAAAGAAGAAAGAAAAUCCAACAAGACGGAUGAAGUGUAAUAGUUACUUUGUUGUAACAAGUUUAUGAAAUUUCUGGAGUACACCCAACCAGUGGCGUAGCCAGGAUUUCGUUUAAAGUGGGUUCACCUCGAAAAAAAUAAAUAUGAUAAAAUAGUUUUUUUAAUAUAAUCUUACGUUGAAAUUUUUUGAUAAACUAAAAUGUAUUAACAGUCGAAAAUAUCAAGAAUAUCACUCUGCAUAUAUACCAAAC